UCUGAUUAUAUAUUCUGCUUGUGGGACCAUUUCUGCUUGUGAAAACCAUACCUUUCAGCGGAUUCAAGUGGAAAUUCUCUGAGAUUUUGCUUCUUAAUAUCCUGAUGUGCUUUUUAACUAUUCUUGCUUCGGAUCCUGUUAGAAGUUGUCUUGGGUUGUAAGAGUGAUUUGCAAUUAAAUUUCAAUUCUGAACUCCUGAAGGAGGUUAAGAAUUGAUACACAGCUAAACAUGAGAAACAAAUGGAUUAUUUUAGGUUUCGGCUAGAGUGGCUCCAGAGAAGUCAUUUUUCUUUAAACAAGGACCACUUCGUUCUAGUCAUUUCUAGUUUGGUCGCUUGAUUUUCACCAUAUCAUUGUAUUUUUUAGAAGACUGGGUGAAUAAUUAAUAAUCUCCUUGCUUUUUCCUAUAUAGUAUUUUGAUUCCUGUGCGGCACGAUUGCAAGUGAAUACCUCAUCUGCGCAAAUUACCUGGUGCGUGCCAAUUCUGAAUAACAAUGGCAGAGGAUGAAGUUUAUACAAAAGAUGGAACUGUAGAUUUCCGCGGAAAUCCAGCAAAUAAGAAGAAAACUGGGACCUGGAAGGCCUGUCCCUUUAUUUUAGGAAAUGAAUGUUGUGAGAGAUUGGCAUACUAUGGGAUGAGCACAAAUCUGGUGCUUUAUUUUAAGAAGAGGCUGCAUGAGCAUAGUGCUACUGCUUCCAAGAACGUCUCAGAUUGGAGUGGGACAUGCUAUAUCACACCAUUGAUUGGAGCAUUUUUGGCUGAUGCCUAUCUGGGGAGAUAUUGGACUAUUGCUAGUUUCUCCAUAAUCUACGUUAUUGGAAUGACACUCUUGACAUUGUCUGCAUCAGUCCCUGGCAUAAAGCCAACCUGUCAUGGUGAAGACAAUUGUCAUGCUACUGAUGCACAGAGCGCAGUGUGCUUCGUAGCACUCUACCUCAUAGCUCUUGGCACUGGUGGAAUUAAACCUUGUGUGUCAUCAUAUGGAGCAGAUCAGUUUGAUGACGCUGAUGAGGUUGAGAAGGAACACAAGAGUUCUUUCUUCAAUUGGUUCUAUUUCUCAAUUAAUAUUGGUGCUCUUAUUGCUUCUUCUUUACUGGUUUGGGUGCAAGAUAAUGUGGGUUGGGGAUGGGGUUUCGGAAUUCCUGCAGUGACCAUGGCAAUAGCUGUGGUGAGUUUCUUUUCAGGAACUAGAUUGUACCGAAACCAGAAGCCUGGAGGCAGCCCCCUCACGCGAAUCUGUCAAGUCAUUGCUGCAUCCAUAAGAAAGUACAAAGUACAAGUGCCUGAAGACAAGUCUCUUUUAUAUGAGAUAGCAGAUACAGAAUCUGUUAUCCAAGGAAGCCGCAAGCUUGAUCACUCGAAAGGAUUAAGCUUCUUUGACAAAGCAGCUGUGCCAGAGCAAUCAGAUAGUGUGAAGAGCCCAGCAAACCCUUGGAGACUUUGCACUGUGACUCAAGUGGAAGAGCUGAAAGCUAUCAUAAGACUGCUUCCUGUAUGGGCCACUGGUAUCAUCUUUGCUACUGUCUAUGGUCAGAUGAGCACCUUAUUUGUGUUGCAAGGGGCAACAAUGGAUCCUCAUUUUGGCAAAUCCUCCUUUAAGAUCCCACCAGCAUCUCUUUCAAUCUUUGACACCAUUAGCGUAAUCUUUUGGGUCCCAGUGUAUGAUCAGAUUAUUGUGCCAGUUGCUCGAAAGUUCACUGGACACAAAAGCGGAAUAACUCAGCUUCAAAGAAUGGGCAUUGGCCUCUUCAUAUCCAUAUUUUCCAUGCUCUCAGCCGGAGUUCUGGAGCUCGUAAGACUUAGAAUGGUGAGACGCCACAAUUACUAUGAACUCAACCAGAUUCCCCUGUCGAUCUUCUGGCAGGUUCCCCAGUAUUUUAUCAUAGGGUGUGCAGAAGUCUUCACAUUCAUUGGUCAGCUGGAGUUCUUCUAUGAGCAAGCACCUGAUGCCAUGAGAAGCUUGUGUUCUGCUCUCUCAUUGCUCACUGUCGCACUUGGACAAUACCUGAGCUCGCUCCUAGUGACGAUUGUCACGAAUAUCAGUACCAAAAAUGGCAGUCCUGGAUGGAUACCUGACAAUCUGAACUAUGGUCAUAUCGACUAUUUCUUCUGGUUAUUGGCUGUGCUAAGUGUUCUGAAUUUGGUAGCUUUCCUGCUGGUGGCAAGGUUGUAUAAAUAUAAAAGACCGGUUGGUCCUCUUCGCUGAAAACUGGGUUAAAAGUGCAGAGGCAAAUAAGUUUGGGAACAAAAGUCCUGCUUUAGUAUAGGAAUGAUAGUGUCCAUAUGAAUAAGAUUCUCUGAGGAUUUGUUCUGUUAUUUCAGUGUUUAGAAGUAUGGCUUUGUUUCAUUUUCGCUUUGUUUCAGUGUUCUGUAAGGCUGAAACAAAAUUAUCCAUCUGAUUUGAGUACUGGAGUAACAAAAUAUCGUUGAAGCAUCCUGCUCAUGUUAGACCAAAAUUAGGGUUGGUGUCAAGAUUGAAUUAUGUUCCUCUGUCCAUUAGUAUUUUAUCCUCCAGUGUAUGUGAGAAAGCUCAUGCAAAUUCAUAGAUUAGUUUUCAAAAUGCUGCAUGAAUGGAACUGCGAGACUAACAUUGAGUA